AUGAAAAAGUAUCAUAUUGAAGGUGAAGAACUGGAAAGAAAAAUUUCAACUCGCGACUUAGGAGUCAUUUAUGAUCACAAGUUAAAUUUUAAUGAUCACAUUAGCUACAUCUCUGGAAAGGCAAGGAAAAUGUUAGGGUUUAUUAUAAGAAAUGGAAAAUACUUCAAAGAUGCAAAUACUUUUAUCACUCUUUAUAAUAGCCUUGUAAGAAGCAACAUAGAAUAUGCAUCGGUAAUAUGGAAUCCUUACAAUACACAACUUCAAACAAACAAACUAGAAAGUAUCCAACAUAAAUUCCUACGUUUUCUUGCUUUUAAAUGUCUUAACAAGAAAGAUGAUUCACUUAAUUAUAGUGAAAUUGAGAAACGGUUCAAGAUGGACAAUCUGGAGUUAAGAAGAAAAAUUGCUGAUGUGAAGUUCACAACAAAAUCUUUCAAUAACAUUAUGGACUCACAAUCAUAUCUACAUCACUUUAAAUUCUCACCACUCAACUCAAUAACAAGAAAAAAUGACGUUUUUAAAACGACAGGAAGUAAAACGGAUGUCGGGAAAUUCUCUCUUUUCAACAGACUGAUGAACACAUUCAACAAAUUACAAAACAACGACAAUUGGCUAAGAAAUCAACCAAAUGAUAAUUCAAUCAAAUACGUCAGUCGAUUAUCAACCCAAGAAUCAUCACAAGCCAAUAAUUUAGCAUAG